UUGUGCUGGUACAUUCUAUAUCCUGAAUAAUGUUCAUACUAGCAUUGCUGGGUGGGUGGAAUGUGAAGUGAACAGAGUCAGACCCAAAACUUAUAAUGCUAUAGUUUCCGUUCAUUCAUUUGACUUCUAGUUGAGAACAUCCUUGCUUUUGCAGUAUGGAAAAGUUGUGCAAGCUCUAAGAAGAGGCGACCUCCGACUUCUUCGGCAUGCUUUUCAAGAGCAUGAAGACAGGUUCUUUAGGUUUGCUGUAUAUCUUGUCCUAGAGAAGCUAGAACUUCAGGUCUAUCAGAGAUUGUUGAAAAAAGAUUUAUAUUAUCCAAAAGCAGAAGGACCCAAGCAAAGCUCACCAGCUGAAGUUGGAAGUAAUUGUCAAAGCAUUGAAAUGGUCAUUGAUGUGGAUGAGGUGGAGGGCAUAAUGGCGAUGCUAAUACACAAAAGUCUGGGUCAUAAAGAAUGGCUUGCAGAGGUUCAAUUUCUUGGUGUGGUAAAUCACCCAAAUCUGGUAAAGCUUCUAGGAUAUUGCUCUGUAGAUGGAGAAAGAGGGAUCCAACGGCUAUUGGUAUAUGAAUAUAUGCCUAAUAGGAGCUUAGAGGAUCAUCUUUUCAACAGGGCUUUGAACCCUCUUCCUUGGAUCACGAGGUUACAAAUAAUGCUUGGUGCUGCUCAAGGAUUGGCUUAUUUACACGAGGGACUGGAAGUCCAGGUGAUAUAUCGAGAUUUCAAAUCCUCCAACGUGCUCUUGGAUGAGGACUUUAAGCCGAAGCUCUCAGACUUCGGGCUUGCUAGAAAAGGGCCAAAGGGUGACCGUACUCAUGUAUCGACAGCUGUGGUAGGGACUUAUGGAUAUGCUGCCCCAGAGUAUGUUGAAACAGGCCAUCUUUCCAUCCAUAGUGACUUGUGGAGUUUUGGUGUGGUGCUGUAUGAGAUCCUCACUGGGAGGCGUGUCUUAGAAAGACACCGGCCAACAGCGGAGCAGAGGCUUCUUUAUUGGGUUAGACAGUACCCUGCAGACGGUAAAAAGUUUAGCAUGAUAAUAGAUCCACUCCUGAGAGACCAGUAUUCUAUUAAUGCAGCUCGGAAAAUUGCCAAGUUGGCAGAUAGCUGCCUGAACAAGAAUGCAAAAGACCAGCCAACAAUGAAUCAGGUAGUAGAGAUCUUGAAGCAAGCUAUACAAGAUUCACAAAAGGGUACUAACUCUGUAAAUAACAAUUUUGGGGCAUCUGGGUCUAAAUUGGGUAGAAAGAACCCCAAGUUGAGGUGAUAUAAGAGAGAACCCCGUGAUCAAACGAAAGCAUUAUUAAUAGUGUCUGCUGUGACUGUUCUAUUUAAAUUUUUUAACAGGUUGAGAUG